GGCAACACUACCUUCCUUGGCUCGAUUCUUCAACAAAGGGAACCAUGUGCCUGUGUCUCGCACUCACACACUCGGGGAAUGAUUUCAUUGCCGGACAAUCAGUACAACAACUGUGCAGUGCUUUGCAAAACGAUAUGCUGCGCAGCAUAUUUAGGCAGUCGGUAUAGCCUUUUCUGAGCAUCAUAGGGUACUGUCACACAAAUAUUGUGUGUUUGUAGAAUGAGUGACAUGGAGUCAAGUGAACGAGAUGCUAUCGACUGGGGAACAAAAUUAGCAAGUGAGCACCGAGUGUUAGAUAACCUCAAAAGCUGGCCCGAGACAUUGCUGAUGAAUGUCCACGUUGGCUUGCCACAGCCUCUCCCAGUUGAUGCCAAGUGCUCGUUGGCGUCCGGCGAGUGUUUUUACUUCCACUACGGCUGCGAUGGACACGAUGACCGGGGCUGGGGCUGCGGCUACCGCACGGUGCAGACGCUGUGUUCCUGGCUCUGCAGGAGCUGGUCACCUCCGAAGGGGAGCUGCAGAUCCCCGCCGAGUCUUCCUGACAUUCAGCGAGCUCUGGUCACAAUAGGUGACAAACCUGCCACCUUCUCCGGGUCCCGUGAGUGGAUAGGUACGUUCGAGGCAUCUUUGAUGAUGGACUAUUUCUAUGAUGUGGCCUGUCGUAUCGUCCACGUACCGGGUGGGGGCUCGCAGUUGGAAGACGCAGCACAAGACCUCCACCAGCACUUUAGCACCCACGGUUCACCUGUCAUGAUGGGUGGGGAUAGGGACAAUUCUUCUAAGGGUAUUUUGGGAGUAUGCACCGGGACACAGGGGAGCUACUUGCUUGUUAUGGACCCCCAUUACUAUGGACCUCCGCUUGACAGGGAAGAGAUGCAGAGGGGAGGAUGGGUGUCGUGGAAGAAAGUGAGCUCUCUGGAUCGCAGUUCAUUUUACAAUCUCUGCCUUCCUCAGACGGCAGCAAAGUGAGCUCUGCUACCCCUUGAACUGCUUAUAGGCUUAAAUGGGCCUCAGGGUCCAGGUACAGUCUUGAAUCCCCCCUACUCGUUAGUAUAGCUGUCUAGUUGAGAGGGAAGCUUGAGGUUGUCUCCAUCUUGUGGUCAAAUUAGGAUAUAACUAAGUGCAGUUCUUAAACAUUAUCUGAUGACUGCAGAAAGACCGCAGACUGAAACGUAGGCAUGGACUAUAUUUUUUUUGCAAUGGUAAAAAAACAUCAAGAAGGAUCCGGACUGAGUUGGAAGCACGCCAUGUUCAACGCCUUUAUUUAUGAUUACAGUAGUAAUGACAUUUGAAACCACACAUCUUUGGAAUGGGGAAAAAAAUAGAUGACAUGCUUUACUCAAAAUGA